AGUUUCCCUCCCUUGGUAGACCUAAUUAUUUCCGUCCUUCUCCCAAAUCUCCAAAUUUUGGAGUUGAUUUUGCUAAAACUCAAAAACCCAUUCGAACCUAAUUGCCAAAUUCAUUUCCUCGACUCUAAUCCAUCAACAACAGUAGGUCAAUAGGUGAGUUUGUGUUGAUUUUGGGUGAUUUCUUCCUAAUCCUCUUCGUUUCUUCUCUCUGCCAGAGGUGUUGCUAACGCGGAUUGGAACAUUCUCGAUGAUGCGGCGGAGUUUGACCUCUAGGUCAUCCUCUUCCUCCUUUAACACUGGCUUCUCAUACUCCACAAUCGCCAUCGAUCCCGCUGCAGGAAGACGCGGCAGUAGUCCCGAUUUCUAUUCCGCCAACCCUAACUACAUGUUCGCGUCCUUCGGUCUGCCUGUCAACAUUUUGUCUCAAAACCCUAACAAAACUGAGACUUUAUGGUUUUUAGGAAGAUAAUUUAACUCCUGUUUGAGUUUGACUGAUAAUUUGUAGGGUUUUGCAUAAUCAAGGGAUUUGGGGUUGGAGAAUAAGUGCUACAGGGGAGAGAGGUUGCUGCUCUGGAUCUGCUUGAAACCCAUUUCUCCCUUUUUCUACCACUAUUUCCAUCUGUCAUCUCUCGAUUUCAUUGUUUCCUCAGGUUGCAACAAGUGGCUCCAGUGGCAUUCUCUAUCAAACUUUGAAUGACAAGUUGAAGAACUUGCAUGAGGCUAUAGCAUCACUUGCAACAGAGCCUAAAUCGAAAGAAUUUGAAGAGGAGCAUGUCCUUGAAAACUUCCAUUCUAGUCACACCAUACAGAAACUAGUCUUAGAUUGUCCUGAGUUUGCCUCAACAUUAUGGAAGAAAGCCUUUGAAGGGAA